AUGGCAAGUAGCAAUUUUUCAAAUGAAUCUAUUACAGUUACUCCUGCUGCUGCUGUUGCUGCUACGGAAACUGGAAAGACCAAUGACGACGACGUUCAACGUGUAGGGAAUGAAUUAAUGCAAAGUGAAUUAGCGAUUCCACAGUUACCUGUCAUCAUACAAAUUAGAGAUUCGUACGCAUCAUUACAGUCUUCUUUGGAACCACUGAUGGCUAACGAUCCGGUCCUCAAUCAGCUUAACAGAAACGCAAGUGGCGAUAUUGAAAAUCUUAUGAAUAUUAUCGAAAUUGCAAGAGAUAUGAGAGGAACAGCAGCAGAUCUUGAUCCGCACCUACGUAAUGUUCCACCACAGGUUAUUGAAAAAGUCAAUACCAGAGGACAACGUAUGAAUACAAACAUAUUCAACAUGGUUCAUCGAAUCGUGGAAAAUAUCCAGCAAAAUUUGGCGGUUCUGGAAAAAGCUGUAUCAGAAAAUGCUAAAACCAAAAGUGAUCCAGAAAUUAAGCAACUACUUCACAAACAACGUGAUAUUACAAAUAAUAUCGCACCUGAUCCUCGACAGGCGUAUGGACAACUUCAAUUGGCUGACGAAAUUGGUGGUCGUUUGCUUGAACAAAUAGGGAAAGUAGAAUCAAAUGCAAAUGCUCCUGUUAUUGUGACUGGACAACAAAAUUCAAAAUAUUUGAAACUUGCAGUUAACCUUGUACUUGUAUGUGCAGCUGUUCUCGUGGUCGUGUGCAUAAGCGGCGGCGUGAUUCUCACAGCUAACGUCGGAUUCGCGCUUGGUGCAACAGCUUUUAUAGCAGCUAGAGACAAC